UAUUUCAACAACAGUCAGCGCGCGAGCUCGAGACCGGCGUCAAUGUGGAAACCGAGAAAUAAAACCCGACUGCUUUCUAAGGGACAAAAAUAUUGGAAUUUCUUGUGGAUUAUUUGACGUAUUAACAGACAAACAAGAAAGAUUUUUUUCUGUCUCAAGAUUUAAGAUCUUGUGGAUUCAAUAUCAUUGGAAUACGUUACAAAAAACAAUAGUUUUGCUUUGUAUUUCUACAGCGAGGAGUAGCGUUAGCCUACAUGCUAACUAGUACCUGCCCUGAUAAACCGGGACCAGUUCUCCCAGGUGUCGUCAAUCCUGGAAAAAGCUAAACGACAGGGUACACCAUAUUUCCAGAGAAGAGAGCCUCGAUCGGAAAUCAUCUUAUGGACGAAGAAAUGAGUCGCCAGACCGCCGCAGCGCUGCCCGCCGGAGCCUCCAAGUGCGCCCCGUCCCAGCGGGGGCCGUCGCUCUCGGGCACCACGGCGUCCAACGGCGACCUGGCCAGCCUGUUCGAGUGCCCCGUCUGCUUCGACUACGUGCUGCCGCCCAUCCUGCAGUGCCAGAGCGGCCACCUGGUCUGCGGCAGCUGCCGGCCCAAGCUGACGUGCUGCCCCACGUGCCGCGGGCCGCUGGGCUCCAUCCGCAACCUGGCCAUGGAGAAGGUGGCCAACUCGGUGCUCUUCCCGUGCAAGUACGCGCCGUCGGGCUGCGAGGCCACGCUGCCGCACGCCGACAAGGCCGAGCACGAGGAGCUGUGCGAGUUCCGGCCCUACUCCUGCCCCUGCCCCGGGGCGUCCUGCAAGUGGCAGGGCUCGCUGGACGCCGUCAUGCCCCACCUGCUGCACCAGCACAAGUCCAUCACCACGCUGCAGGGCGAGGACAUCGUCUUCCUGGCCACCGACAUCAACCUGCCGGGGGCGGUGGACUGGGUGAUGAUGCAGUCCUGCUUCGGCUUCCACUUCAUGCUGGUGCUGGAGAAGCAGGAGAAGUACGACGGGCACCAGCAGUUCUUCGCCAUCGUGCAGCUCAUCGGCACGCGCAAGCAGGCCGAGAGCUUCGCCUACCGCCUGGAGCUCAACGGGCACCGGCGGCGGCUCACCUGGGAGGCCACGCCCCGCUCCAUCCACGAGGGCAUCGCCACCGCCAUCAUGAACAGCGACUGCCUGGUGUUCGACACGUCCAUCGCCCAGCUCUUCGCCGAGAACGGCAACCUGGGCAUCAACGUCACCAUCUCCAUGUGCUGAGGGGGGGGGGGGGGGGGGCGAGCUCUGCCGAAACGCAGGAAAAAAAAACAUUAAAUAAAAAGUUUUAUUAAACAAGCUUUCCGAAAUUUGACCCCCGCGGUUAAACUGUUUGCUGUCUAGUAACAACAGACCGAGGCCAAUUCGCUUAUAGGCUUUCAGGAACGGGCUGUCGGUGCCGUCGCCAAACGCAGUCAGCCGGCACAUGGAACCAGACACUCGCUCUCGCGCUGGGAAUACUCACGGCUACACUUUUUAAACGCUGGGCAAUGCUGGAGCAGAGUGGAGCCGGGGGGGGGGGUGUAAUGUUGGUUUGGAAGGGGUGGAGGAAAUAAUGGUUUAAAAUUAAAAAAAGACAAAAAAAAAUGAAAGGUUACCCGAUUUUGGGGGGAUAACAUUUCAAAAUGGCGUGGAUUUUUAUUUUUUUUUUUGUGGGGGGGGGUGGGGUGAGGCGACUUUCUCAUUUCUAACCCCCUUCAGUGAAAUCUUGGAUGCUGGAACAGUCCAACAGUGUUUGCUGAAACCACUCUACGCCUGGGACGUUUAUACAGAUGUAUUAUUGUUAUUAAUAAUAAUAUUAUUGCUCAUUUUUGUAUGGAAUUUUAAAGAAAAGCUAAGAAAGUUCUUGUAAAGUGUAAAGUUAAGUCUUGUUUCAUCUUUGUUUUUUUUAUCUCUGUUUUCUCUCUGAAAGAAGAGCGUUUCGAUACUUAGUACGCUCUCCCUCUCCCCCCUCUCCCCCCUCUCCCCAUCCCCUCACCAGUUUUUAACUUUUUUUAAUUUUUUUUAUUUCUCGUUUAUUCUGGCAUCUAAUCUUUUUUUCAUACCCUCCUGUCACCUCUAUUGUGAAUAGUCUGAAAUCUUAAAUUGUUAAAUUAAUAAAAUCUUCUGAGGAACUUUUA